AUGGAAGUGAAAUUCUACGGUUCCCAGAACAAUAGGGCGACAGUGGCACCUCUAGCAUAUACAGGCUCCCCUUGGAAACUCUUCAUCUCCGACAUCCUGCUGUUCUUGCAAUGGAGCCCUUACCUGAUCAAUAUUGUCCUUCCACUGUGGCCCUGUCCAUCCCGUUGCCUGGACGAACUCUAUCCGUCCCUGGCCAAUAUCCAUGACAUCCUCUUGCAUACUAUUCUCGUCGUCGCCCAAUCAUCAUUCCUGGUCUCUCUACCAUUCCUGAUCACGAUUCCCUUCGUCUUCUACAUCUUCUAUAUUGGACUAUUCCUCGCCUUGAAUAUGUCUGUCUGCAACCUCCUCAAUGGCAAGAUUCCCGAAGAAGGCCUGAAAUCAACUGAGGAUGAACAUUCUGAAGCUUGGAAACGGCACGAUGAUGAAAGCUGGAUCUUCCUCAAUGGCGUGGCAGUGGGGAAACACUGGCUGCAAAGCAAUAUUGAUAGGAUAUCACGGACAUUUCACCGUCCAGUGGUAGGAGUGCACAAUAGAACAAAUGGCAUAAUCUUCGAUGUAAUUGAAUGCCUGAUACAACGCGCCUUACUCUACAGCAACUCCGAUAUCCGCCAGUGCCACAUGCUCAUUAAGAAGGCUCUCUACGCACCGGGAAUCAAAAAAGUCGUUCUCAUCCUACAUUCUCAGGGCGGCAUCGAAGGGGGCAUGAUCCUCGAUUGGCUCUACGAUGAAGUACCCCAUGAUUUGCUCAAACAGCUGGAAGUCUACACGUUCGGGAACGCCGCGAACCACUUCAACAAUCCCUAUCGAGUCAAUAUUCCCGGUGUCGGUGCAGGUGUAGGCUCAAAGCACACUUCUGCUUAUUUACAAACGCAGAAUAAGCGCGCAGUCGCCCAUAUUGAGCAUUAUGCGAACAGGAAGGACUUUGUGAGCCGAUGGGGGGUCUUGCACUUCACGCGCAAAGUCAGCGAAGACCCGCUGCAGAACAGAUUCAUGGGUCGUGUCUUUGAACGGCCUGGAGGCGGCCAUCAAUUCAACCAGCACUAUCUUGAUAACAUGUUCCCACUUGAUCCAACUGGACGAUUUGUACGUGGCUUGGCGGAUGGUGAUUUUAUGGAGAUGGAUGUCUGGGUAGGUGGCGAUACAGAAGCCAGGGAAGGCCUGGGUCAGAGCCUUGAAGCAACAUCAGGAAGCAUCGAGCCUGAGUCGAGAGUUCUGAGCAGUAGUCCAUCAUCAGUGUGGACGGAGAGCCAAGAGCAAACGUCGAGGCCACAAGGCAAUUUUAUGAUUUCGGUAGUUGAUGAGUUGGCGAGAACCAACGGGGUCCCCUUGAAGGCCUUGAAGGUGAAGAAUUUGAGCCGACUGUGGGCCUACUGUAAUGGUGACUCUCCCACAGACAUUAUUACCGAAGCGGUUAUCAAGGAGCCCGCAGAGAAUAAGGGUGGAGAACGGCCGGUGACCGAUCUCCCCGAUCCAGGAGAGGGGAUCACUAUUACGGAAGAAAUUCUGAAGGCCGCACGGAAUGAGCAUACAGGAGAACGACUGGUGACCGUCCUUCUGGACAGGCGGAGAGAUGAAAUCAGCAUCACUGAGGAAGUGAUCAAAGCAGUAGCUGCAAACAGGAGGAGUGCAACAAAGCUAAUGACCCUCAUUCUUGAGAGCGACGUCAAGUUUUCUGAUGAAUAUCAUUGGGCACGGGAGGUCGGUAUUGUUGGGUAUAGCUCCCAGGAGAUCGCCGACCUGCUUUUGGAAGACCUGCACGAUUCCCCUUGGAUAUUUUUUGAGCCUACCUACGUCGAUCACGGUAAAUUUGAGGCCAAUCGGCAUAUCCCGGAAUGUUGCCAUCACUGUCUGGCUCACCCACCAGGGCCGACGCAGUUCAUCGAAUAUCAGUCAACAACUGUCGACCACGAAGACAUAAUUGAAGAGAUUCAAGAACUCUGCGGCUUGGCUGGAAUCAGCCCCACGACCCGAAAUGUGACAGAUUGGAUUGGAUCAAUUGAGUUCGGCGCCGGGAACCACGUGGGAGCGGUGUCAUUCACACUACCAUGUGACGGAAACAAUUUGCUCGACACCCAAAUUAUUUAUACCCGUAUCUCUCAGGCUCUAAAAGGCUCUGCCAGGCUAUCGCUCUGA